AUGGCCACUUCCGCCAUCGCGCCCAGGCGGCCCAGGCGUCUGAGUCCUGGUUGCCUUUUGUUUCCGGUGCUGCUAUGCCUGACAUGGCUGGUGGCGCGGGCGCAGCAGCGGCAGAACAGCUUCGUGCAGGGUGUAAGUUGGCAAUGGCAUGGACCCACCAAGGGCCACUUGCGAGAAAGGUCGGGUCAAAACUGCCAAGCUUUGUCCGGGAAGCAACCAGAUGUGGACGGAGAAGCAAGGAAGUUGACAUCCAACCUAAAGCAAGCGACAUCUGCCCAGAAGCUUAGGGAGAUUUUGGAUGAGGCUGUAGAUGAUCCCAUUUUCAACUUUAUCCACGCAUCAGCUGCCUACACCCAGUUGGUCACCUUGAAAAGAAGGAGGUGCCUGCAACAAGAGGAUUGGGAUAGCCCGGUGCUCCUGAGGCUGCAUUCCAGGGUCGAAGAUAUGGUGCUGCAAGGCCAGCUGGGGGCCCGCGAAACGGCCAAUGUUUUCUGGAGCCUUGCGCAGUUGUCUGAGCGGAGCGGCUGCUGGUUGCAGAGUAGCUUGUGGUGA